UGGUUCUGGUUCUGGCUGGCUAUGGGCCAGUCGGGCCUGGCUGGCUUUGGCUCUGGCUGGCUCCGGCUCUGGCUGGCCCCCGUUUACCAUUGUGAUUUGUUUCUGUUGCAGAAGUUGGUGACUGAGAACAUGGAUGUGCUGGUGCAGAUCCGCUCCAACUUCUAUAAACCAGAGCAGAUGGUAUCACUGCUACCCAGGCUGACGUCUGCUGACAAUGUGCUGAAAAGAAUGACCAUCAUCGGGGAGAUCCUGAGCUUCCGCUCCAUGGCACAGAGUGGGCUGUGUGAGGUCUUCUCCAACCGCUGCCCGUUCCUGAUGGGCCCCAUCGAGUGCCUGAAGGACUUUGUCACCCCAGACACGGACAUAAAGGUGGGGGCGACUCUUGUGCUUCUCUCUGCUUUGGGUUGGCUCUGUGGCUAGGCAGGCAGAUCAGAGAACAUGCUGGGCUGCUGUGCAGGCAGCCUCCCACUACUGUACACAUCCAGGCCCUGGGGUGAUUGGCCCGGGUGUCUCUCCUCCUGCCAGGGGCCUUUACCCCAGCGGGGGAUCCAGAGUGCGGCAGUGUGUGCCAGGCCCCACAGCCCUAAUUGUGGGCUGGGAGUGGGGUUGUCCAGCCACAUGGGAGAUGCCCCUUAGCCCAGGAGACAAAAGUCCCAGCUCCCCUCCAACCUGCAUCACAGCUCAGGUUGACCUGGCUCAGGUUCUCAGGAGCAGCCACCGGGGGUCUGCAGACCCAGUUGAGGAUGGGUGAGGGGUUUUGCUGCAUGAACCAGAGUUCUCUCCUUGGCACCUGAGUUAAUAUUUAUCCAUGAGCGUGAUGGAAACUCUGGGCCUGAGUUCAGCCCCUGCCCAUGCUGCAGAGAUGGCAAUGCUGGACGCCUGCCUGCCACAGAGGGGGUCUGGGUCUGUCCGAGCCGUCGCCUUGCAGAGCCUGGGCCCAACAUGCUGCAGUGUCCACAGGGCUCUCAGCAUCGUCCCAGCCAGCAGCAGCCUCCCCAGAUCACUCACUGCGGUCUCCAGGCGGGGAGUGCUGGGGGCUAGUGGUUGCCUGUGCCUGGGCCAGUGAUCGUGGCUGCUGCAGAGGGGAGGAGCACUCAGAGCUCCCCGCGAAUCCUCUGCCCUGCCCUGAGGGAACCCAGGCCUCGAAUGGUGCAGAGACCCAGGGUAAGAUAUGGAGACACCCCCCAACUCCCACUCCAGUGCCAGGACUGGGUGGGCCUCGCUAGGAGGCUGUUCUGUGGGUAUAAGCCCCAGGAGACUCCGCUACCAGAGGGUGGCUGGCCAGAGCAGCACUCUGGGAAUGUGUCGUCUCGGCCCCAUGGUCGUUGGUGGCAAAACUCCCCUGACAUCAGUGGGUUGCGGUUCAGCAGCUCACAGUCCCCACGGCUGCCCUGGCUGGACAAUCUUGUGUCGGGGGCCCUGGCGGGUUCAUUGACCUCCAGCCCUGGGUAGGAGUGGAGUCUCCUCUGGAGAGUGGGUGCCCAGGCAGCCUGACAUGCAGGUCACCUGGGGGCCUCUCUCG